AUGGCGAAACCCCUCUUAGUAACCCCCAAAUCCCCACACCCAUUCAACCACCCCCCCUUAACCUCACCCCCCAUAACAGCCGCCCCCUUGGACCGCACCCCCCCCCCCCCGUUCCUUCCUCCACACCCCUGCCCCACCCACGGGUCUCUGCUGGUGGGGUCUCUGCUGGCGGGGUCUCUGCUGGCGGGGGUCUCUGCUGGCGGGGUCUCUGCUGGCGGGGUCUCUGCUGGCGGUGGCGCCGCUGGCGGGUGCUGGCGGGGGUCUCUUCUGGCGGUGUCGCUGGCAUUGUCGCUGGCGGUGUCGCUGGCGUCGGUGCUGGCGGUGUCGCUGGCGUCGGUGCUGGCGGCAGUUGCUGGCGGGUCCGACGGCGGGUCCGUCGGCUCGCUUGCUUGCGGGCUCGCGGGUCCGUUGGCGAGCUCACUGGCGGGCUCGUCGGCGGGUCCGUCGGGGGAUCCGUCGGCGGGUCCAACGGCGGGUUCGUCGGCGGGCUUGCUGGCGCGCUCGUUGGCGGGUCCGACGGCGGGUCCGUCGGCGGGUUCGCUGGCGCCAAUGCUAUCGCGGGCGACCGUCGCUGGCGGUCUGAAUGGCUGGUGGUACGCUCGCCACUGGUCGCUGGCGCGAUCGCCACAGCUCGCCGCCUUCCUCGCCACGUGCAGAGCGUGA